AUGCCGUUCGAAGCUCGCGUCAAGUCUGUCCUGUCAGGCGACACGCUCGUCCUGUCACAUGUCACCAACAGAGGACAGGAGCGCACAUUGAGCUUGGCAUAUGUGUCUGCUCCCCGUCUGCGGAGGGAAGGAGAUGAGUCCCGCGAAUUCCUUCGUGAGCUUCUUGUUGGCAAGGUGGUGCAAUUCCAGGUCCUCUACACCAUUCCAACUGGCAUCAAACGCGAAUACGGAACCGUGAAGCUCCCCGGAACGGACGCCUCACUGCCGGAGCUGGUCGUUCAGGAAGGAUGGGCCCGCGUCCGAGAGGAAGCCGGGAAGCGUGGGGACGAAUCGGAGGACUCGCUUGUCCUGCUGGACAGCCUGCGAGCGUUCGAAGCCCAGGCUAGAGCUAAUAACAAGGGUGUUUGGAGUGGCGAUGAGAAGGGAUCCAUUGAGACCGACUACGAAGUUGCAGAUGUGAAGUCCUUGGUGGAGGAAUACAAAGGCCGUCAAUUGGACGCGGUCGUGGAGCGAGUGUUUGGCGGCGACAGAUUGUUGAUCCGACUGUUUCUCACGCCUACUCGCCAUUUGCAGACCAUUAUCACCGUGGCCGGUGUGCGUGCACCUGCUUCCCCUCGUGUAGGUGCGGACGGAACACAGCAGGCUGGCGAGCCCUUGGGAGCUGAAGCCCAGCAGUUUGUUGAGGCCAGAUUGCUGCAGCGGAAGGUCAGAGCUCAAUUGCUUGGAGCUACUCCCCAGGGACAGCUAAUUGGACAUGUACUACACCCCAACGGUAACAUUGCGAGGUAUUUACUGGAGGCCGGUCUUGCUCGUUGCUUCGACCAUCAUUCUACUUUAUUGGGCGCAGACAUGGCAAGCUUCCGCCAAGCCGAAAAGGUCGCCAAGGAUAAGAAGGUUGGAUUGUUCACCGGGCAUGUUGCUUCCAAGGGCCCUGCUGGUGCAGCUGAUAGCGACUAUAUCGUGGGACGCGUGCUCAAUGCUGAUACCUUAUUUUUGAGAAACAAAGCUGGCGCAGAGAAAAAAGUCAGUCUUAGUAGCAUCAGACAGCCCAAACCUUCCGACCCAACCCAAGCCCCAUUUGCGGCAGAAGCCAAGGAAUAUUUGCGCAAGAAAGUUAUUGGAAAGCAUGCCAAAGUCACCAUUGACGGCAAGAAGCCAGCUACCGAGGGAUAUGAAGAACGCGAUGUUGUCACAAUCAUUCAAGGCAAUACCAACAUCGCUCUUUACUUAGUAGAGGCUGGUUAUGCCUCCGUAAUUCGUCACCGACAGGACGACGACGACAGGUCACCGGAAUACGAUGCCCUGUUAGCCGCAGAAGAAGCCGCCAAGAGCGAGCAGAAGGGGAUGUGGUCAUCCAAGCCUCAAAAAGCCAAACAAUACCAGGAUUACUCCGAGAACAUCCAGAAGGCGAAACUGGAAGUGUCGAUCCUACAGCGACAGAAGAGAGUACCCGCAGUUGUCGACUUUGUCAAGUCGGCAUCUCGAUUUGUCGUGCUCGUGCCCCGUGAGAACGCCAAGUUGACAUUUGUUCUCUCUGGCAUCCGAGCUCCCAAGUCUGCACGCACUCCAGGUGAUGCAUCGGAGCCGUUCGGAAACGAGGCUCACGAGUUUGCCAACCGGAGGGUUCUGCAGCGAGACGUUGAAAUCGACGUCGAGACUCUUGAUAAAGUUGGGGGUUUUAUUGGUGCGUUGUAUGUCAACAGAGAGAACUUCGCCAAGCUCCUAGUGGAGGAGGGCCUUGCUACUGUUCAUGCGUACUCGGCCGAGCAAUCUGGCCAUGGUCCAGAGCUUUUCGCUGCCGAGAAAAAGGCCAAAGAGGCCAGGAAGGGACUUUGGCAUGAUUGGGAUCCUAGUAAAGAUGCGGAGGAGGAGGAACAAGAGGAGGCGGUGGCUGGUAACGGUACUGCCGAGGGCAAUGGAGAAACUGUCACUGAGCGUCGCAAGGACUACCGCGAUGUCAUUGUUACACACAUUGAUCCGACCACCGCGAAGUUGAAGGUUCAACAGAUCGGAGGCGGCACUUCAGCUCUAACGGAGCUCAUGAAUGCAUUCCGGUCGUUCCAUCUGAACAAGGCCAAUGAUACGCCACUUCCUGGACCACCCAAGGCCGGCGAUUUUGUUGCUGCACGGUUCACGGAAGAUAACGAGUGGUACCGCGCUAAAGUCAGGAGAAAUGAUCGAGAGAAAAAGACUGCGGAAGUCUUAUAUGUUGACUAUGGAAAUUCCGAGGUCAUUCCAUGGUCUCGACUGCGACCACUGUCACAACAAUUUUCAAUUCAGAAACUGAAGGGCCAGGCAGCGGAUGCCACGCUGUCUUUGCUACAGUUCCCAGUGUCUCCCGAAUACCUUGCCGAUGCCGUUCAGUUCAUUGGGGAACAGACAUUUGACCGCGAGCUGGUAGCUAAUGUUGAUUAUAUAUCGCCUGAGGGUACGCUCUUUAUCACACUACUCGACCCAGGAUCCUCGCAAAAUCUGGGACAGAGCGUUAAUGCAGACAUUGUUCGCGAAGGCCUAGCGAUGGUCCCGCGCAAGCUCAAGGCCUGGGAGCGGGCAUCUGCUGACACGCUGGCUCACUAUAAGAAGGUGGAGGAGGAAGCCAAGCAGAACCGACGAGGUAUGUGGGAAUAUGGCGAUUUGACCGAGGAUUAG